CGCGGUAGACGAGACUGGUCGGCCUGCCCAGCUUGUGCUGAGUGAUGCCGGGGAAACUUCUUAGUGACGCGGAUUUGGAGUCAGACGUAGCCGUGGCAAAAGUGGAGAUGCCGCGAAAACAAAAUGAGAAGGCCAGCAGUGUGCGGUAGUCUUAAGUUACCUCGAUAGCUGUCUGCUUCCUUGCUGUUACUUCCUUAGAAAGCGAUUUAACUUGUGACUGAUUCUCUGUUCUGAGAAAGGUAAAAAAGAGAAGCCAAAAUCUAGUCUAAAGACUGAAGAGGCAGCAGAAGAAAAGGAAGAAAUGAUUUCUUCCAAAGCUAAAAAGGUUAAGAAGAAAGAGACUUCUGAGGUUGACGUGGAUUCUCCUAAAUCUAAAAAGGCAAAAAAGAAAGAGGAGCCAUCUCUAGAUGACAUUAUUUCUCCUAAAACUAAAAGUUCGAAAAAAUCAAAGGAGCCCUGUGAAAAGACAGUUGUUUCUCCUAAAACCAAAAAAGUUAUAAAAAAUGAAGAGCCUUCUGAGGAAGAAUUGGGUACACCUAAGCCCAAAAAGAUGAAGAAAGAAAAAGAAAUAAAUGGAGAAAUUCAAGAGAAAAGUCCCAACCUCAAGAAUGGAUUCCCUGACUCUGGACCUGACUCCAACUCCAAGGAAGCUGCCAGUGAAGAAAACAGUGAGUUAAAGCAGGAAAUGACUGUGGAGCAAAAAGAAGGAGCUUUCUCUAAUUUUCCCAUAUCUGAAGAAACUAUUAAACUUCUUAAAGCCCGUGGGGUGACCUUCCUGUUUCCUAUACAAGCAAAGACGUUUCACCAUGUCUAUAGUGGGAAGGAUUUGAUUGCGCAGGCGCGGACAGGAACUGGAAAGACAUUCUCCUUUGCUAUCCCUUUGGUUGAGAAACUUCUUGGAGAAGUGCAAGACCGGAAGAGAGGGCGUGCCCCUCAGGUACUGGUUCUUGCACCCACAAGGGAGUUGGCAAGUCAAGUAAGCAGAGACUUCAGUGACAUCACAAAAAAGCUGGCAGUAGCUUGUUUUUAUGGUGGAACUCCCUAUGGAGGACAAAUUGAACGCAUGAAGAAUGGGAUCGAUAUCCUGGUUGGGACACCAGGUCGUAUCAAAGACCACCUGCAGAAUGGCAAGCUAGAUCUCACCAAACUUAAGCAUGUUGUCCUGGAUGAAGUUGAUCAGAUGUUGGAUAUGGGCUUUGCUGAUCAAGUGGAAGAGAUUUUAUGUGUAGCAUACAAGAAAGAUUCAGAAGACAAUCCUCAAACAUUGCUUUUUUCUGCAACUUGCCCCUAUUGGGUGUUUAAUGUUGCUAAGAAAUACAUGAAAUCUACAUAUGAACAAGUGGACCUAAUUGGUAAAAAGACACAGAAAACGGCGAUAACUGUAGAGCAUCUGGCUAUCAAGUGCCACUGGACUCAGAGGGCAGCAGUCAUUGGAGACGUUAUCCGAGUGUACAGUGGUUUUCAAGGGCGCACUAUCAUAUUUUGUGAAACGAAGAAAGAAGCCCAGGAGUUGUCACAGAAUGUGGCUAUAAGACAGGAUGCCCAGUCGUUACACGGAGACAUUCCACAGAAGCAAAGGGAAAUCACCCUGAAGGGUUUUAGAAAUGGUGAUUUUGGAGUUUUGGUUGCGACCAAUGUUGCUGCACGUGGGUUAGACAUCCCCGAGGUUGAUCUGGUUGUUCAAAGUUCUCCACCAAAGGAUGUUGAAUCCUACAUUCAUCGUUCUGGGCGAACAGGUAGAGCUGGGAGAACCGGGGUUUGCAUCUGCUUUUACCAACACAAAGAAGAAUACCAGUUAGUCCAAGUGGAGCAGAAAGCGGGAAUUAAAUUUAAACGAAUAGGUGUUCCUUCUGCAACAGAGAUAAUAAAAGCUUCUAGCAAAGAUGCCAUCAGGCUCUUGGACUCUGUGCCUCCCACUGCGAUCGGUCACUUCAAGCAAUCAGCCGAGAAGCUGAUUGAAGAGAAGGGGGCUGUGGAAGCCCUGGCAGCAGCCCUGGCCCACAUUUCCGGUGCCACGUCAGUAGACCAGCGCUCCUUGAUCAACUCAGAAGCGGGCUUUGUGACCAUGAUCUUGCGGUGCUCAAUUGAAAUGCCAAACAUUAGUUAUGCUUGGAAAGAACUUAAAGAGCAGCUGGGUGAGGAUAUUGAUUCCAAAGUGAAGGGAAUGGUCUUUCUCAAAGGAAAGCAGGGUGUUUGCUUUGAUAUCCCUACUGCAUCAGUAACAGAAGUACAGGAAAAGUGGCAUGAUUCACGGCGCUGGCAGCUUUCUGUGGCCACGGAGCAACCAGAGCUGGAAGGUCCACGGGAAGGAUAUCGCAACUUCCGAGGACAGCGGGAAGGCAGUCGAGGCUUCAGGGGACAGCGCGAGGGCAACCGAGGUGUCAGGGGACAGCGGGAAAGAAGUCGAAGCUUCAGAGGACAGCGAUCAGGAGGUGGCAACAAAAGUAACAGAUUCCAAAACAAAGGCCAGAAGCGGAGUUUUAAUAAAGCAUUUGGACAGUAACUUGAAGUAGAGGAUUUAUUUGGCAAAAACAGAACUGUGUUCAGCAAUGUGGAACUGAACAUUGUUUUUCAUACAAAGUUAAAAGCACAUGGUAUUUCCUUCCUGACCACUUGCCCAGUCCCCAUCUCUUCGAGAGAGAAAAGCUUCAUCUAAAUUAUUUCAUCUGACUGAUGACUGUCAUUUAUAACUUUAUUGCUACUUCCAUCUUGGGUAUUCCUUUGGAAAAGGUGUAUGGAUUCAUUACAUAUUCUAAUGUAUUAAUAGAUUAUAAGAUAAAGUCAAGCAUGUAUCUGCUGAUACUUUUUAAGUUGACCUGUCUUUAUACUUAGAAAUGUCUCUUAAUAGUAGGCUUCCCUGGUGGCUCAGAUGGUAAAGACUCUCCUGCAGUGCAGGAUCCCUGGGUCAGGAGGAUCCCCUGGAGAAGGAAAUGGCAACCCACUCCAGUAAUCUUGCCUGGAGAAUUCCAUGAACAGAGGAGCCUGGCAGGCUACAGUCCAUGGGGUUGCAAAGAGUCAGGCAUGACUGAGCAACUAUCACUCACACUCAUUCUUAAUAGUGCCCUUCCUGAAUACCGUGGGGAAUACAGUAGUUUCUAGAGAAGCACUUUGAGCACUCAAAGCUUUGUUUUCUAACUGUAUUCCUCAGCCACUUGCCUUCCAGUUACUCCUGUGGUUCUAGUGUAUAUCUUCUGAGAAUUAAUAGCAAUGUUUCGAAGCAAGGUUUCACACUUAACUGUGAUUAAUACAGUUUAUGCCUGCAUAUGCUCUAAAUUUGGAGGAUGGUGAUGCAUUUGAUAGGAGAUAGUAUUUAGAUUAGCUAUUGUUAUAUGCAUUUUGAUACAUUUUUAGCUUCUCAAUAAAAGGUGAUUUCAUGCUUCAGUGAAUUCCUCACAGAUUUUAAAAAUAAUGUAUAUGUGUAAAUACAAGUAUUUUACUAGAAAGUAAGUAUCUUAAAGGAAUUCCAGGUGUAUAACAUGGCCCCAUAACUUGCUUCGUGCGUAAGGAGGCUAGAUAAAUGGUGCUUGAUGAUAAUGUACUCCACCUCCUAUUGGAAAAUUAACCUUAUUUACCAAGAAGGAACUAGGGGGAAUAGGGGGCAGAGAUUUGCAUUGCUGAAGAGUCAAAAAACCACUGAAUAUUUUCUACAUGCAAGAAGGAAACGUAUAUUGAGAGCAAAGAGAAGAAUGAGUGAAGGUGCAUGAUAAAGUUUUGUUUUUUUUUUGAUAAAGCUUUUUUUUAAACGGUGAAAACUUAAUGGUUCAUUACUGUUUCUAGAGUUUAACUUCUAAUGGGCAAGCUGGGGAUUUUAGGUACAACGAUCCAGUUUAGUUUCUCAAAGCCUAGCUGCUAUAGCCACAGUAUAGAAUCUCUUCCUAUCAGACUGCUACUCCAUUGAAAGGUUGCAGCUACCUAGAAUUCUUUUUAAGAGCAAACUAUAGUUAUUUUUAAGUUGUUGCUUUGAGGGAACUGAAGAACCUAAUAUAGCCCCUGGCCAGUAUUGCUGCAAGGUCUCGUGUUAUUUCUCUGGGAAACUUCGCACAAGAUACAGGAACUUAAAAGUAGCUUUGUCUUCCUGCCUUGAUUCCUAGAUAUUACUUACUGGAAAUUUCAGGAAAUAAACGAUGAUUUGAGGAAUUCAAA